AUGUUGACAUCACUUGCGACCUGUUCGCUUCAAGAGCUAAAGAAAGAGCCGUGGCGUCUGCAGGUCCAAGCGGAUAAUACCAAAGAACAACUACGCAACCUCGUGCUCAAGAAUUACCACGUGUUUAUUCAGAGCAACCAGUGCGCUGCAAUCGUCAAAGAUGAUCUAGCAAAGCUCAAGGAGGAAACAAGCAAGAUCGAAGCUGCCAUACCAAAGGUACAGGAAUAUUGCACUGAAUUCGAGAAAGAAGUCGCAGAUGUCGUGGUCAAGCACGGCGAUAUCCAAUUCGUCUUUGAGCAUUAUUUGCAGUUAACGGAGCUGCUGGAGAUCCCACAACUGCUGGAAGCUUGUAUUCACAAUGAAUUGUUUGAUUCUGCACUGGAUGUGAUUCAAUUUGCCAAUGAGACGUUUCGAGUUGACAAGAACGUGAAUGGGUCGUACAAUGUGGUCAUUGAUUGUCUAGUACAAGAGGUGAUAGAUAUGACUAGCAUUAUGCGUAAAAGUCUAUUACAAAAGCUACGUGAAGACCUGCAGCUGGCUCUGUGUGUUCGGAUUGUGGGGUAUCUUCGACGUCUGGAUACUCUCAUUGAAAAGGAUGGAGUGGCAGCUGUGGGGUUAUUGGAGUAUGAAAUGCAGCUAAAGGAGGAGUUUCUUGCCUGUAGAAAUGUGUGGCUGGCUUCCUUAAGCCGAAGCAUUUCAUCUUCAGACCCGUAUCAAUAUAUUGUUCAAGUUAUUGACAUCAAACGAACGAGCUGGUUUGACAUGAUUACUCAAUACUUGGCAAUCUUUGGCAGCGAGAGUGUAGAUGGUAAAGUAGAUCCUCCACUUUGUCGCUGGGCAACAACAACGGUCGCAAAUUUUAUCCACAUCCUCAUGAAACAAUUGCCAAAGAUCGAUGACUUCAGCUCGAUUGCGACGAUUAUUGAACAGAGUUUGUUCUUCGGAGGGUCACUGGGUCGCAUCGGUGUAGAUUUUCGUGCUGUGCUUGUUGUGUAUUUCGAGGACCACUUGCUGAAUAUGAUGACGGAGUAUUGGCGAUCCGCUUGCCGGGAGUUUCAGGAGAAUCUAAAUGCACACUCGUUGUCAGCAUUCAGUGGUUCUUCAUUAUCAGCAUCCUCGAAGACACCUAUCGUGAUUGCAACGCAUCGCUCGUCAGCUGACACAAGUGUCACUAACUACAUGUUUGCCUCUCGUCCGGCAGCUACCUCUUCCGAUGGUGAGGACUAUUCACCUCCACGGUGCCUCAUGUCGUUUCCUUUGCUGGCUGAGUUUACCAACACGCUGCUAUCGUCACUAAAUGAGCUAAGGCUGUGCAUAAUUUUAUCGCUGCGGAAUCGUUUGGGUAAAAGGUACCAGAGCGCAAUUGGCACGAUGUUGCUCACAAUCGCUGAGUUUGUUAAGGAGAACAGACUUGAUCUCCACGCCUCAGCAGAAGAAAGCAACGGUGAUGGAUGUAACACAAUUUCAAGGAAUGCAAGGGCAGUGGCGCUCACUGAUUCUGUUCGUGCGAUGAACGAGGUCAUUCAUUCUGAACUCGUGCCAUACCUGAUCAAGUGCUUUCACCAUCUGUUCCCUGUGUCUUCAGCAGCUACAGUUUCUGCCACCAGUGCCUUGAGCAAGGAAAUCGAAGAUUUUGAUGUGAUCAUGCGCGAGGCUGGAUUAUUAAUACCAUCACAGUCGGACGAGCGCGAAACACAAUCCAUGGUGGAUCAAAGUGCUGAUUUGCUGGAACAUAGACAUCAGAACGCUGAUGCGUUUGGCACUGACGUGGUCAAUUCUUUUGCCUCCACAAGCUAA